CGCGGGAGGAGGAGAGGCGCCCCGACUGCGCGCUCCGACGCCAGGGCGCACCACUGCGGGGACGCACUCCCGGAGCAGGGGCGCAGCAGCCAGAGAGGAGCUCCCGACUAGAACAAUGCUGGAGAGGAAGGGAGGGGAGAGGGCCGGAGUGGCAGCCCAAGUCUGAAAACAGGUGAACAGCAGUGGCAGCAGCAGCAGCGGAGGAAGAGUGGAGGGGAAGGAAGAGAUUUGUCACCGCUGCUGCGGGGGAGGCGAGCCAGCCCCACCGGGAAGAGCCUCCUCCUCCUCUCGGCUGCGCGGAGGUGGAUCCUGGCUGGGCAGCAGCUGAGCCAUGGCUACGAAUUUCAACGACAUUGUCAAACAGGGAUACGUGAAAAUGAAGAGCAGGAAAUUGGGGAUUUACCGGCGUUGUUGGCUCGUCUUCCGCAAAUCUUCCAGCAAAGGCCCUCAGCGGCUGGAGAAAUAUCCGGACGAGAAGUCAGUGUGUUUGAGAGGAUGUCCAAAGGUCACCGAGAUAAGCAACGUGAAAUGCAUCACGAGGCUACCAAAGGAGACUAAGCGGCAGGCCGUGGCCAUCAUCUUCACCGACGACUCGGCUCGGACGUUCACCUGUGAAUCUGAGCUGGAGGCUGAGGAGUGGUACAAAACUCUGUCCAUCGAGUGCCUGGGGGCACGGCUCAACGACAUCAGCCUGGGAGAGCCAGAUCUGCUGGCCCCUGGAGUGCAGUGUGAGCAGACAGAUCGCUUCAACGUCUUCCUCCUGCCCUGCCCCAACCUGGACAUCUACGGCGAGUGCAAGUUGCAGAUCACACACGAGAACAUUUACCUCUGGGACAUGCACAACCCCCGCGUCAAGCUCGUCUCCUGGCCCCUGUGCUCGCUGCGACGCUACGGGCGAGAUGCCACGCGGUUCACCUUUGAGGCUGGCCGCAGGAUGUGUGAUGCCGGCGAAGGCCUGUAUACCUUUCAGACCCAGGAGGGUGAGCAGAUCUACCAGAGGGUCCACAGCGCCACCUUAGCCAUUGCUGAACAGCACAAGCGCGUCCUUCUGGAGAUGGAGAAGAAUGUGAGGCUGUUGAACAAGGGCACAGAGCAUUACUCCUACCCCUGCACACCAACCACCAUGUUGCCACGCAGCGCCUACUGGCACCACAUCACUGGCUCGCAGAACAUUGCCGAAUCCUCAAACUACAGUGAGACGAGGUCUGCUCUCUGCCCACAGGUGACUCGUACUCGGGGCCCCAGGCCAGCUCAGAGACUGACCUCUUGAACCGUUUCAUCUUGUUGAAGCCAAAUGCUCCCAAAAGCGGGAAGAACGACAGCAAAGACUCCAGCUCGGCUUCACAGUGAUGCAGCCCUGGGUGGAGGGAGAGACCCGGGCAGAGGGCCAGCUCAGCCCACAAGUGUUGUUGCUCAGCACUGAAGAUUUUGUGGUCCAGUGCCUGCUCCCGCCUUUCCGGAAAGGGUUUGGGGGACAGCUUUUCAGCUACGGGGGGAGAGUCCGACGUUUGCACAGAGGCUGCCCCCAUGGAGGAUGUUCAUAGCAGAGGAUCUGAGCCCCGUCAGCCUGGAAGGAACUUCAGCCAAGCAGGCAAACUCCUACCAGGCCUGGGAUGGAAGGAAGAGCCUGGAUGUGAGGGGGAGGACUAGCUAUAUAUUGUUAAAACUAUUUUAAAUAUAUAAUAUUGCUUGUGCAUAUUCUAUAUAUCAAGAGAUUCCCCCACCCCCUACAGGAAUGCACAUUUCUUAGCCAUCCUGGCGAGAUUUUUAAACGGACGGCGGGGUGGGUUGCCCUUUCCCUCUCUUCCGUUGGGACCGUGGCUAUGAGUCCAAAGGGGAGAACUUUCAGGUGGACGGAAAAAGUCUUCCCGAAUGGUAGCCAAAGCACCAGGUUGUGCAGCAGAGGGAAAAAAGCCACAUGGGUCUCCUUGCGGCAGGUGGGGCUUGUUGCUGCUGACCCAGGACUUUCUGCAGAACAGCCUGGCAAAAUCUUCUCUCGCUGGACUUCGGGAGGCCAGAAAACAACCCUUCCGUGCCACAGCAGUCCUUUUGCUGGCGACAGAAGUGUUUGUCCCUGAAAAAAUUAAUGAUUUCAUAGAAUUGUGGAGUUUGAAGGGACCACCCCCGAGGGUCAUCUAGUCCAACCCCCUAUGAUCUUUGGGAAGAUUUGCAGAUCUAAGAAAACAGAGCUUAGUUUCCACUUCUUUGAAAGGCUGACCAACACAGUUGACCUUUGUGGCAACAUCUCAUGAGAAGGAGCUGCCACUUUCCUUUCCAGGUUGUGACUUCUGCACAAGCGUCCUUCCGAGGGAUGCACAGGUGUGCUCUCUCUCUCUCUCUAUCUCAGUGUGGGCUGCUUGCUUGGAGCAGGCAAGGCCCGGAAGGUCUGCACUGGGCAGGCAGUGAUGGUGUUUCACUCAGUCUGUGCACACGUCAGCUGUUCCUUGUGGAUAUUUAUUGACAGCUCAUUGCCUGCAAAGGGUGGGCUCACCAUCCUUUUCCAACGUGGGUGCUAGAUUAUAGAACUAUACGCACAAGCCUCCCCCAGACAAGGGCAGUUCCCAAUGGAUGUUUGUGGGUGGCGGGGCUGAAAUAAUUUGGGGCUGCCUUGUUUACCAUUGGCUUGUCUUUGCUACAUUCCACUAGGAAAGCUUCUCUCGCCCUUAGUUCCACCCCCAGUGAUCUGCCCCAGUCUUCACCAACCCGGUGCCCUCCGGAUGAUUUGGACUACAACUUCCAUCAGGCUGUGCUAACUGGGCCUGAUGGAAGUUGUAGUGAAGGCUGGACUGCCCACAAAGCAAAGUUAAGCUUUCUGGUAGGUUUUACAUCCUAAAGGGCCCCACCUUCCACACAACCUGUCCCCCACCAAGUGUUCUCUACAAAAUGGAAAUCAGUUCAAAUCUUCACUUGACUGGCUGCAGACAAUCAAAUGGUCGUCAAGGCCUUUGCUUUCCCAAGGCUCCCCUCACCCACCCACUGGGGGAAGCAGCUCCUUUCUCUGUCCUGGAAACAGCAGCAGUAGCACUGAAGGUGGGCAGCCAUGGGGUUGCCAACUUUUCGACUAGCCCUUGCUGUUCUGCCCUGGAUAGCAAUUUGAUCUGCAGGCCUUAGCUCGUGAUGGUGCUUCCGUCAAAGCUUUAAAGUGCUUCACUUGCUGACAUCUCUAGAGCAGGCUGCUGACAGGAGCAUACCAGGUCAGUUGGCAACCCAGUUUCCCGUCCUCCAAUCCUGCCAUUCAAAAGGCCCAAUGCCAACCUCUGGAACAGAGUUUAUUCUUUACCUCCCCACCUCUUUUUUCCCUAGUAUUUCCCAACUAUCCCAAUAUCCCUCAAAAAAACCACCUACCCACCCUGGCCCAGUUAGAAAUUUUAAGCAGAAUUAGUGAAACACUUUCACAGAGUGGCUGGUUUUAUUCCUAUGCUGAAAUUUUUUAAAGAAGCAAUUGAUUUUCUAGUUUUACUAUUUAUUGAAUAACUUUGAGAAGGGCUAUCUUCUUUUUAUUGUAGUACAAACCUUGGUAUUGUGUUGUUUUGUGUUGUUGUUGGGUUCCCUUCCCCCCACCCGCCACCCUGUUUAAAUAGCACUGGAGUUAACAUCUUACAAUCUUGUGCUCUGCGUGUGUAAGUAACUGUAUUUUUGGAUCUUGUCUGUACCUGAAAGCGGGAAAGAUCUCCCAGGACACCUGUGAAUUGGACCAGCAAAUGUCCAAGCAGCCUUGCUUCAACAGCACUCCCAAUUCAAAGUAGGCCAAAGUACCAGUAGGGCGGGGAAGUUGGAUGAGAGACCCACAAAACUUGGGAUCACUGGAGAUAUUCACCCGCAGUAUCGAUAUGUCCUGGAAGCCUUCUAACCGAGAGCUCAGUUUUGUUGGUAAAAGCUAUUCCCAGUGAUGGGCCCAUUACAUAGGAAACUGCCCUUUACUGAGUCCAUCUAGCUCAGUAUUGUCAACACUGGCUGGCAGCAGCACUCUAAGCUUUCAGGUGGGAGACAUUCCAAGCCUAUCAGGUACUUCUGGACUAAAACUCCUUGGCCAAGCUGGCUGAGGCUGAUGGGAGACAGAAUAACAGCAGGAGGCUCCCAGGCUGUAGCUUUUUUCUAAGCAUAGUUCUCCUUGAGAUUUGCUAGCUUCCUAACCUCAGCACAGUUUGGGGUCCUUUCUUUGAUGAGAAUGCAUUUUCAUUUGAUUCCAGUGGUUUGGGUCCUCCUCUCUUGAGCAGCAGAAAACAAGCUUGUUCUGUCUUCCAUGGGACAGCCAUUUAGAUAUUCUGAACCCCAACCCAGAGCCUCUCACUCACCUCCCUGCUUUUAUCUGUCUCCUGUUCUUUUACGUCUGCUCACUUCUUCCAAACCUGCUUCCAAAACAGCACCUCUCGCUUCAUGCUGAGAAAGUGCUUUGCAAAAAAAACAUUGCCAGCAUAGAGAAUGUGUGCCAUGUGUGCAGAGGAACUACUGAGUUCACAUGUGGGGAACCUUUUUCCUCUUUUUUUACCGCAAGGGCCACAUUCCGUUCUGGGCAACCAUCCUGAGGGCCACAUGCCAGCAUUGGGCAGGACCAGAGGCAAAAUAGAGCAAUGAAUGAAAAUGUUUACCUUAAUACAGAACACUAGUUUCUACACAGUCUGUCUUCCAUUCUGGUAAAUAAACGACACCAUCAAUGUUCAAGGGGACAUUCCAGCUAGGCAAAAACACUCAGGGUGAGAUGCAGAGUCAGUGAGGGAAGUGGGCUGGGGAGAAUCCAGAAGGCCUGGUAUUGAAAUGUGAUGAUCAUGGACCUAUACAGAACCCAGAUCCUAAUUAUUAGCAAAAUACGCACAUCACAUGUCUUGCAAGUUGAGGAGAUGCAUGGAUGCAUGUUUAUGAAUGGGGGAGAGAGAAAAUGUCUGCCCCCAACCAGCCCACUUUUGCCUCUUGUCCUGCCCACUACCAGUGUGUGUGUCUCCCAAUUAUUCCCCACAGAAAUGAGCCCUUAACCCCAAAAGUGUUCCCCACCCAUGGCUUAAACUAGCCUUUCCCAAACCCGGAACUCUCCAGACUUUUUGGACUACAGCCCCCAUCAGCUCCAGCUUUAUAUGACCACACUGGCUGAUGGGAAUUGCAGUCUAGAGCAUACAGGGGGCAGCAGCUUGGCAAAGGCAGGCCUGUUUCAUUGCUAAGAUGUUUGUAUCAUAGAGGCACCUUGCAGAUACUUAGGAAACAGCCCUGUCCUCCUGCCACAGGCCACAUUGGCCCUCUACUGGGCAACUCCUCUCCCAUAGAAUUUGGGCAUGUACCG